CAGUCGAUCGACUGUAUUGAAAAUUAGAAUUUGUCUCAGUAUUUGGAAGUCUUUAAUUGAGUUAUAUAAAAAUGUCAAAUUUCAUUUUUUGGGGGUUUUGUCUCCUGACAUUAAUCUCUACAUGUCCAGCCUGUCACGACGUAAAAGAUGACAUCCAAGUGUUACUAAGAUGUGAACGAGUCGAUCACUGUAAGACAUCUAUACAGAAACUGAUCCAGUUUACAAAAGCAUAUGAGAUAAACUGGACUUGUCACAUGACCUGUCGGAAAAGCAACUUCACAGCUUAUAAAUCUAAGUUUGAUCACUUCAAAAUGAACAUGACACAACUAAAAAAAUCUGGCCAGAAGAGCUGGCAAAACGAAGUGAAACAAAACGCUAACAAUUAUUCUGAAUUACUGGAGCAAGUGAUUAAAGACAUCAAGUCUGCUUCCGAGCUCUCGGUAAUAACUUUGUUUUCCAGAGAGCCGCUAGACGAAAACAAGUGUGGCAAAGUGACCAGUGUCCAAUCUUUAUAUCAUCACACACACAGAGUAGCCAAAGAGUUUCUUUACGCUUUAGAGUGUUGGGGAAAAAUGUGCAACAAAUGUCACACUCUGAUGUCCGGGAGAACUAAUUCAACCACAAAUAUAACAAAACCAAAGGAUCCUAACAUCCCAGCAAGCAGAGUACAAGGUGCUCAGAGCAACAACACUCGUCAGCUAAGUAAAGGAAUAAACGGUUCUGUUAUCACCAAUACAAGAAAGAAAGUGAAGUCUCAAACUCAUCUUUUGAACGGGACGACAACACAGGGUCAAGGUCACAGAGGUGAAGUCAAAAAAGGGAAUCUGAACAAAAAUGUGGAUGAAGGCAAAAAAAAGAUCCGCCGGAAGUGCGUCACUUCUGCUAAGGGAGCUAAAUGUAAAAAUAAAAAGACAACGAAGGAAACUGUUUCUGUUAGUCCACCACCCGUCGCCAAGACAACACACAAUUCUAAAAUGGAUAAGAAAAAAGAAAAAAGUCGAAAUAAAAAUAAAAAUAAAGAUCAACAAACCAGUGAAACAAAAAGUCCGGCAGAAGAAAAGCCAAAAAAGGAAUUCAAGAAAGGUCAGAAAGGAAGGAAACAAAAGACUGUUGAUCAAUCCUUAAGAAAGUCAAAAGAAUAGAUAUUAUAUUCAUAACAAAGUGUCCAGAGUUUACAUUUGAUAUUGAAAUGCACCCACACACACACACAAAUACAAACCUAAAAGAAAAGGUUGAAGUUCAAGAGUUCAAGAGAACAAGCCAAAAGACAAAUCUCGACCUAGAUCUAACAACACUGUUCUCAUUCAUAGAAAGUCUUCAGGCCACAUUGGAAUUUUUUGAACAAGAAAAAAUGAUUGAAAUAACACACUGAAUUAAUGUAGUGGUAUUAUUCUAUUAUUGAAUUAAAUAUUUGGGGAGUGAUCUAAAUUAAUACAAAUGUAGUGGUAUUAUUGAACUAAUUUUGUGAGGGUGUACUAAAUUAUUUUCUUGAACGAUCUCUAGAUGUGAACAAAUAGUUCAUUCUGCCAAUGAUUCUUAAAUACUUUUAUUUGUUUUACUCAUGUCAGGGCAAACUAAAUGUUGCCAUUGUCUAUAGUUUCUCGAUGCAAUAAUUUGGACUUAUCUCUUGUGUAUUUUGAUAUUAUUGUAUAUUAAUGUUUCUUUACUUUAAUGUAUAUUAGCCUCAUUGGCGAGCAGGCAGCAUUGUUCGAUAUCUAUAUACUGUGUA